AUGAUUACAAAAUCUUUUAAUUUUUGCAGGGUUUGUGUGACAACUCGUCUGCUGCUAGUUUGGCUGGCAUCAUUCAGCAUCGCAAGUCCGUUGAUUGUGCUUGGAAUCCUCACUCCAGAGGACAUCUUGAAGAACGGCAAAUGCAUGAUAUCCAAUCCCAACUUUAUGAUAUACGGAUCGUUGGUAGCAUUCUUUGGACCAUUAUUGGGCAUGAUCCUGGCCCUCACUCUCACCGUCAGGUUGCUGAACAAACAAGCC